UUGUAUAUUGAACAUUAUCAUAAAAUCAUGAUGCAAGCAGCGCGAUACGCUUUAUUUACUAAAGCGAACAAAGAAAGUGUAUCACUUAUUGUCAACGAGUUUGCCAAAGAACUUAAAUAGAUUACUGGAAAAUGUAUGGAUGUUGGUUGUGGACCUGGAGAUAUAACGAAGGAUAUUCUUCUUACGGCUCUUAAUCCAAAAGCAACAAUGAUCGGCACAGAUAUUAAUGCAAGUACGACCGAAUACGCAAAUAAAAUGUACGGUGACAAGGAACGACUCAAAUUCGAAGUGUUGGAUAUUCAAACAAAAAAUUUGCCGGAGAAAUAUAUUUCGAAAUUUGAUCACAUAUUCUCAUUUCACACUUUGCAUUGGUGCCAUGACAUUCGCCAAACGUUUGAAAAUAUGUAUUGCAUUCUUCGACCUGGCAAAACUAUGCUGAUAUUAUAUAUAGUUCGUCAAAACUUUUUUUAAGUUAUAAAUAUUAUGGCGCAAGAUGAGCGAUAUGCAUCGUAUAUGGGGAUAAAAGAAAUGCUUGAAGAUAUUGGAUUUCAAGUUAAUCAUUGCAGUCAUUGGAUUAUGACCUACAAGGAUAAUGCAGAAAAGUUUCUAUCCGUGGUCACUUCACAAUAUACUUUUAAAUUUUUGGACGACAUGCCGAAUAAUCUAAGAGAUGAAUUCAAGAAUGAAUUAGCACGUAAAUUUGCGGAAAUAAGAGCUAAAGAAUACGUAGAUAUUAUUCAAGAUAAUUUGAAGAUAUAUAAUGUAGAGAAGAAGAAAAAUAAAGAUGAUAUGUCUGUUGGAUAUACUGCAUUGAUAAUUUAUGCACAAAAAGUUUCCAUCCACACUGUCACGCUGGCGUCAUCUCCAAUUGAUGCGAGACCAUUUUUGGCAGCGUUGGUCAGCGGAAUUAACAUCUUGUUGUUUAACAGCCAAGCAUGUGAGAAUAUUUAUCGUAUGCUUCAACCUGGUAAAUCUAUGCUUAUAUCAACCGUAACGCAUUGCCCAGGCUUGUUUGAAGCUGUGGAGAUUAUGGCACAAGAUGCGCGAUUUUCACCGUAUAUGGAGGAUAAACAGAAGUAUGUUGGGUCACUUCAUUAUUCGAUCCGACCUCACGAAGAGUUAAAGGAAAUACUUGAAGAUAUCGGAUUUCAAGUUCUCUAUAGCAGUCAUCAAGAGAUGGACAACUGUAGGAAUACAGAAAAGUUUCUAUCCAUGGUUACUUCACAGCAUACUUAUGAAUUUUUGAACAAAAUGCCGCAUAAUAUAAGAGAGGAAUUUAAGAAUGAGUUAAGACAUAGAUUUACGGAAAGAAAAAUCAAAGACUAUAAAAAAAGUCAAGGUAAUUUUAAGUUAUAUAAUGAAAAGAAAGAGGCGGAUAUUCCUGCUCUAUAUUCUGUACUGAUAGUUUAUGCACGAAAGAAUGUUUCAUAGUUGUAUAGAUGUAAUGUUUCAUAGUUGUAUAUAUAACUCUU